AUGGACGGAAAUAAAGAGGAAAAACAUAAAUCGGAAGAAGAAAUUACACAAAAUUACAUCUCCAACCUUUUAACAACACAAAGCUAUUUUAGUAAUGCACCAGUAUUAUUUUCCAACAAGGAAUACGUUCCAGAAAAACCAUGUCAAGAUUUGUUGCAAUUGUUUGCUAAAUGUGAACGUGAAUAUCAAAACAACAAGCCAGAAAUAAUGUGUGCUGAAUUUAAAGAAUCAUAUUUGGAUUGUAGAAGACAAUUUAAUUCAUUGAAAAAGGAAAUUGAAGAGGAAAAUCUUGUUAGAUCCAAAGUUCUUUAUUUUUAUGAUAAAAGUGCUAAAAUUGUUUCUGCAUCGGAUCCACAAGGACCAAAAGUUGGUCAAGUCAAGGUUGACAAUUAG